AGGCUGAGUGUGCACCAUUGAGCCGAAGUAGCUUCGCUGACCAUGGACGGAUACCAGUUGACGCGUUCUGCCUGCUGCACAGCGCUAUAGCAUUGCUGUCUGCGACUUGGUUGGCACAAGCUCCCACAAAACGCUUAGGAUGGAUAGGUGCUGUGAUCUGUAAUUGUUCGCCUGAGACGGGAAACGCCGACGGGUAAAAAUGCUAGCCUUUGACGGCUGCGAGCCAGGCGCAAAUCCAUGGGUGGAGACAUACUUCCGUGACUGCGUUUACGACGACAGGGAUGCAAUCGGCUUUGUUCUCGGGCUUUGCAGCAUUAUAGUUUGGCUUACAGCUCAGUUGCCCCAGUUCAUCAGUAACAUCAAGAACCAAAGCUCAGAGGCUUUAUCAAUCUGGUUCUUGGUGGAAUGGUUUGCGGGCGACACGCUGAACUUGCUGGGAUGCCUCAUCCAAGGCCAGCAGCUGCCAACGACCACCAUCCUGGCAGCAUACUUUGUGCUCGUCGACGUUGUUAUGUUGCUCCAGUACAUCUACUAUGGUACGAUUCAAGCACGCCGACAGCGGCUGCGUGCAAAGGCGCAAGCGCAACGCAAGCGCCAUCACCAUGGUCAUCACCAUAGCCAUCACUCCAGGGACGCGUUGCAGCAACCAGCCUCACGCGCCACCCAGGGCGACGGCGUAAACACCGCCAUCUGCACUAGCAACCCAGGCUUGGACGGCGAUAGCACCCUCGACCUUGCCGGCCCCCAAGCGGUUAUAUCUGCUGCGGACGGCGAGGCUAGCAAUACUGCUGAGGCUGCAGCGGCUACUGCCACACAAGGAGGCGGCUUGCGGCUUGUGACCGCAGCCACUGCAGCCGGCGUCUCCCUCAUGUGCGUGGGGGCGCUGGCCUUGCAGCCUGCCGCAUCAACAGCGGGUGUUGGCCUGUCGGGUGGCCCGCUUGCACGCCGGCGGCUUCUAGCGGACCCGUACCUGCAGCCGCAGCCGCAGCUACACAGCGGCGGCGGCAUUAGCGGGGCGAUGGCUACCGCCGUAUCCCCUAGUAAUCUUAGCAGCAGUGGCAGUUCUAUUGCUGCUGCUACCGUAACAGCAGCGGGAGGAGGAGCAGCAUCGGCAGUUGCUGGCGGUACCGGCAGCAGCGGCCUGGCAGCUCUGGUUGGCAGCAGCAGCCAGCAGUUGGGUCUGGACUGCAGCUUCAUCAACUGCGACAUCGCGCUGGUGGCGGGCACGGUGAUGGGCUACCUCUCCACCUGCUUCUACCUGGCGUCGCGGGUGAGCCAGAUCCGGAAGAACCUGGAGCGGCGGUCGACGGAGGGGCUGUCGUCCUACAUGUUCCUGCUCACGGUCAGCGCCAACCUCUGCACGGGUAUCAGCAUCGUGCUGCGGCUGCGCUCCACGCAGCAGCUGAAGGACCAGCUGCCCUGGAUGUGCGGCACCUUCGGCACCAUCGCACUCGACCUCACACUCUUCUACCAGGCGAUCACGCUGGGCCAUAACCACCCUGCUGCUCCGGAGGAUACGCAGCCGCAAGAACAGCAGCAGCAGCCGCACCAGCAACGCCAUCAUCACCACCACCAUCAUCACCACCACCACCACCACCGGCAUCACAACGACGGGUCAGCGACCCAUGGGUCGGAUGGCGUCGCAGCCAAGCCGAUAACGGACCUGGAGGCGCCGUUGCUGGAAGCGCAUCCGGCGGAGGAGGGCGAGGGCUGAGAGCUGUAUGUUGCAAUCUGGGCUGGGGCAUUAAAUGCAGCAUUAUAAGCAGAGCGUCAGGAUAGCACUGCAUGGAGAGCUGGGCUCAUCGCUGCUUGGUUAAUGCUGUGGAUUUUAUGCGGCUUAUAGGUAGUUGGUCGUCAUCCAGGCGGAGGGGAUAUUGCACGGCCCCUAGCUGUAUCAACGCCUGUUUGAGAAUGUGUGGGAAGCGGACGAGCGAGCACUGCCGUCGGGCGGCCGGGCGGGUGAGCACUGGAUGUAUGGCACACGCGCUACACGUAUGAGACCGCAACCACACUGGCAUUGCGCGCUUGGGUGGCGGGGUGCUGUGUUAUGUGGGUAGCGUAGCGCCGGGGGAGGUGCGCGCGUUGGUAUGGUUAAAAUGGAAAAACCGCUCGUCGAUCCACAUCUGUGGCCGGGAUGUUGUUCUAUGUGGCGCUCUCGGCAGACAACUCGUGCGUUUUGCGGAUGGGAAUGCUGAGGGCCCUUUUCAGGUCCUUGCAGGGUCCCUAACGCCCUAUCACAUCGUAUGCUCGUAGCCCACGCCAGACCGGGAGGAGCCGGGGGGUUGUGUGGAACGGUUGCGCUAGCUAAGGAUGUGAGCUGCAGCUGCUGCGUGCUUUGCAGUAAUGAGCCGUGUGUGCUAAGUGCUAAUAUUAGAUUAAGAGCAAGAGAGGGAAAGGGGAGGGAUUACGGAUACGUAGAUGCACCGGGGUGUAUAAAGGGGAGGCGUUACUGAGUGAAGGGGCGUUGCUCGGGGCCACAGAUGAGGCAAGUGCACGCGAAUCUAUUACCACCUUCAUUCCGCUGUACUUUUCUGCAUUGACACGCUCGAGUCUGUGUCCUUGAGCGUGUGCCUUCGCGGCCGUGCUUUUAAGGGAUCAGAUGCAACGCCUUUCAGGCGAUGCAAAUCGUGAGUUUUGGACUGUAGGCGGGUCUCCAAGUGCAGGAUGCGUAGUCUACACGAGCAUGCAUGCAAGGAUAGCCGUAUAGGUCUUUUACGGUCUUUAUAGUUGGGUUUGGGUUGGGGCAGGGUAGAAGUAGGGUGCUGGCGUAGCGAGCAGACGUCACAUACCGUACCGCCAGUUUCCACGCGGGUCGGCGUGUCUGUUUACGGGUACGGCCAGUAAACACGUAAAGAUGUCUUAUGGUGUGCUUGUUGGUUCCUGAAUUAUGUAGCAAACGACGUCCAACUGUUUGUGUACUAGCAGCAAUAAGUGGUGUGACAGUGGUAGUGUAGAAUUUUGUACUUCUAUGCGCUUCCAGGGACGCAGAGAGGAAGACAGGCAAGCCUGUGUGGGUGUGCAUGUUCCAAUACCCGUGUGCGGGAAAGGAUACUAAAUGCUCAUGUGCUUGUGUGUUUGCGUAUGUGUGUUAUAGAGUAUUGUCUCGGGAAAUCGCCUGGCCUCGCCUUUCCUGGCGUGUAAGGGUUCAGCUAAACAGCUGUGCUGCAUGCGGAAUCGUUGGCGGCAUUCCUAUGACGGAGGAAGAUCAUGUGGAGUUUGAAGUUGUGUUUCGAAGGGGGCAUGCAGCAAGACGUUUCUGGGCCUGAGGGUCUAGGCAGUGGUCUAAGAAAAGGAUUAGCCGGGCGGUGUGGUUACCGGUAGUCCGGAAAUAAACACAGAACGUAACUACUUUGGCCCUGAGGAUGGGAUAAGGCUGGAGAGGAGAGUGAUUCCCGAGUGUACGGACUUGUCCUAGUGAGAUCCCGGGGUAUCAGCUGGCAGCCUCGCACCGUUCCUGUAAGCCCAACUGCACGGGGUUGUUGACAUGAUG